AUGGGGUGGGACCAUAUAUAUUGUGUGUCUGAUGGGAGACAUGAUCAGAUCAGGAAUGAAGCACAUGUGGUGAAGUUUGGGAUUAUUAGACCAAGCAUUGACUUAGUCAUGACCUGCAACACAAAAGUCUUCCAGGAAAACAAACAGUGGCGCAAAGUUCUUUAUGAACAACAAAGAGUUCCUGACAAUUAUGUUGACAGGUCCUUCUUGGAGGCUAUGAAAACCAAUGUGAAUGUCCCUGAUGUGAAGCUCAUUGAAGCUGUGGGAGGGGCUUGUCGUGUUGUACAAGAACUGUGCAGAGUUUGCAUCUUUGCAAUCAUAUUUUGGCUCCUCAAUGAAGAGAUGCUGAGUCCAAUCAUCCUUCUGGUUGUGAGUGGAGUAUUGUCUGCAGUUGCGUAUGCAUACUAUCGUUCAUUCCUUGGCUACGAAAGAGGAGUGAAAGAUGACAUGCAGAGUGUUGGGAUCUUCUUGGCAUUUGGAUAUUCAUUCUCUCCAAUUCUCCAGACCCUGACUGCAACCAUCAGCACUGACACCAUUUUCACUACAUCAUCCAUCAUGCUCCUCAUUCAUCUCAUCUUUCAUCAUUAUGGAGCUGAUGCUGCUAUUGUCAGUCAAGCAUUGUCACUAAAUGCUGCCAUGUUUGCUAGCAUCUGCCUAGCAUCACGGCUCCCAUCCACUCUUCAUAGCUUCAGUCAUAUGACACUGGCUGUCCAACUCUUUGCCCUCUUUCCUCUCUUCUGCCAGAGAUUAUGGAAUGUGGGAACAUGGGAGCAAGAAAUCAAAGUGACAGCUGUAAUCAGCCUCAUUACUUUUAUUGCAUUAUGGUCACUUGACUGGGUGUAUGCAAUGAUAUUCUUUGGCACAGUUGUCUUCCUCUGUGGACUCUGUCCAUAUUGGUUUGUCUCAUGGCAGAAACUGAAAGAGAACAUCUAUGGCCCAUGGGAUGAAGCCAUCAUCAAUAGCUGAAUCAAAUUGUUCAUCUGACCCUUUUUUCAUAUGUUCUUCCCUGUGAUACUUUUCUCUUGACCUGUGAAGUCCCUAAACAUAAUUGAAUGUUGCAGUUAACACAAAAAAUUUUAUGUAGACAUGAUGCCAAAUAUAUUCCUAAUUUUUUCAUGAUA